CGGCAUGAUGUGUCUAACAAUCGCGCUGACCAUCAUGGAUUGCUUGCGCGCGUGCCCUUGUUGCUACUCAAAAUGGCGUACGCAGAAACGUCGCGACUGAAACAAAACAAAAAGUCUAAAUCCGCUUCUCCAAGCGAUCCUCUCGAGAAGACGCUCAGCAAUCUUACCCUUGAGACGAGAGGCUCCUCUGAGGAAAGUAAAUCGUUAAUUCAGAGGGAGCGCAGUCCGGUAGCUGGUAAUCGAUAUUCAAGAUACUCGGGUAUACCGGGUAUCAAGCCAAGAACCAGCGCAGUUCAGAAAUCACCGAAGUUGAAUCCAAGACGUGGGCGACCAUCGCAGCAGCAGGCUGCAGAGCAGCAGAAGCCACAAAGAGCUGUAGUUCCGAAAUCGAAGGGUAUGUUGGCACCUAAAGGUUAUACCAUGCGUCCAAUCAUCCCCGCUUCUAAACCAGAGUUACUGCCAGUAGCUAGAGCUAUGAACGGCGAUGAUUUUGCACCGAGAGUCAAGAAGCUGUUUGAUCCCGAACGCGAGGCGGCGAUAGAUGCCAUUCAGAGUGGAGUGUAUAUAGGUUGGAGGUGUUCCGAGUUUCAACAUGAUUGUAUUCGUGUCUGUAAAAGUUCGAAGUGUUUCUGUGGUCAUGUAUUGAGUGAUCAUGCGAGUUACACUGGAAAAAGCGUGAUGGUCCCUUGUGGUGUGACACGCUGCGAGUGUAAAGCUUUCGCCUUCAUCCCGUCCCGUCCCGAAGAAGCAGGUGAAUUUUGGUUCCAACGCCGCCCGGGAUAUGAUCCGAGCAUCUGGCGAGCCAAGUGUAAGUGUAAACAUACCCAUGAAGAGCAUCAACCUACCGGACUCCGGACAUGCCGGGUCCGAGGCUGCGGAUGCUCCAAAUUUUUCUCGAAUUUUCUGUGUUGUGCAUGCGACAGACACUGGGAAGAACAUGAAACCUCAUUUGAAACGACCACCAUGAGGAAGGACGCAGGUUUACCCUAUGGUGAAGCCUACCUCCCGUUUCACGAGUUUCCGGAACUGCGUGACGUGGUCUUGACCGGAAGGGAGGAUGACGAUAGCCAGUACCAAGCCCUUACUUCCGGUCCUUAUGCAAUACCAGAUAGUUCACCAACAGACUUGGCAUUGAGACUAAGAGGAACCAAUCCACAAGACACACCAUUCAGGUGGUAACGCACACCAGCUUAACGGAAAUGAACAACAUUCGAGUGGUAACGCACCGGG